UAAGUAGCUCGUACUACUUUUCACUUGCGGAGUAAUGGAAGACAUGGAGCUGUCUACAUUGGCUCCUGAUGAGGUCCAAGAAUCCAAUUCUAACUCUAAUUCUGUGCAUACUGCAUUUGCUGCUGCUCCUUCAGUUUCAGGCUUGUUCUCUAGCGCAGAAAGGCUUGACUGGUUCUUGAUAUUCUUUGGCUCAGUGGGAUCAUGCAUUCAUGGUGCUGCUCUUCCUGUCUUCUUUGUUCUCUUUGGGAGACUCAUUAAUUCUUUGGGAAGUCUCUCCAGUGAUCUCCAAAGUUUUUCUUCAGAGGUGUCAAAGAAUGCUUUGUACUUGGUUUACUUGGGGCUUCUUGUCAUGGCAUCAUCUUGGAUAGGAGUAUCAUGUUGGAUGCAAACAGGAGAAAGACAAGCAUCCAGUUUAAGAGUAAAAUAUAUGCAGUCAGUAUUGAAGCAAGAAAUAUAUUUGUUUGAUGCAGAUGCAAAGAACAAUAACAUACUGUAUCAUAUUUCAAGUGAUGCAGUACUUGUACAGGAUGCCAUUGGUGAUAAAAUUGGUCACUGUUUACGAUACAUUUCUCAAUUUUUGGUUGGAUUCAUUGUCGGGUUUUCAUCGGUAUGGCAGCUAACAUUACUCACUCUAGCCAUUGUUCCAUUGAUGGUCAUUGCUGGAGGAAUACAUACUGUGACAAUGUCUGGUUUAUCAAAAAAGGGUGAGGCCGCAUAUGCUGAAGCAGGCAAAAUUGCUGAUGAGGUAAUGUCUCAAAUUCGUACUGUACAUUCAUAUGUCGGAGAGGAAAGAUCAUUUGGAGCUUAUUCGAGGUCAAUUAAAAAAGCGUUAGAGUUUGGCAAGAAAAGCGGACUUGCAAAAGGACUAGGGGUAGGCACAACAUAUGGGCUACUAUUUUGUGCAUGGUCAUUGCUUCUUUGGUAUGCAGGUGUUCUAGUGAGACAUAAAGUUACAAAUGGUGCCAAAGCCUUUACCACAAUUCUGAAUGUUAUCUUCAGUGGCUUUGCUCUUGGACAGGCAGCGCCAAACAUUGGUUCUUUUGCUAAAGGCCAGGCUGCGGCAAGCUACAUAAUUAGCAUGAUCAAUGAUAUGUCAAGUGCUUCAAACACUAGUGACAAGGGAAUCGUCUUACAAAAAUUUUCAGGAAACAUUGACUUCUGCAAUGUGUCUUUUUCGUAUCCUUCACGCAAGAAUCUGGUUCUUGAAGAACUAAACUUAUUGAUUCUGGCUGGAAGAAAACAUGCUGUUGUUGGUCAAAGUGGAUCAGGGAAAAGCACCAUCAUAUCCUUAAUUGAAAGAUUUUAUGAGCCAACAUCAGGUGAAAUUCUCUUGGAUGGCUAUGACAUGAAAAAGCUUCAAUUGAAAUGGCUAAGAAACCAGAUGGGACUAGUCAGUCAGGAACCUGCAUUAUUUUCAACCUCUAUUGCUGAAAACAUACUUUAUGGCAAAGAAGAUGCAGAAAUGGAGGAGAUCAUUGAAGCAGCAAAAGUUGCCAAUGCACAUUCUUUUAUACAAACUUUACCUGAUGGUUACAAAACAGAGGUAGGAGAAGGUGGAACUCAACUCUCAGGAGGCCAAAAACAACGAAUUGCCAUCGCAAGAGCUGUAAUAAGAAAUCCAAAGAUUCUACUUUUGGAUGAAGCCACAAGUGCUCUAGAUGCUGAAUCUGAAUGCCAUGUUCAGCAAGCUCUAGAAAGAGUAAUGAUGAACAGAACAACAGUUGUGGUUGCACACCGCUUAUCGACAAUCAGCAAUGUAGAUUUGAUUGCUGUCGUAAAAAAUGGAAAAAUCAUUGAAAGUGGAACACAUACAGAGUUAAUGUCAAAGGAAGACAACGGAGAGUAUGCAAUGCUAGUACGUCUGCAGUUAUCAUCAAGCAGCCAAAAUUUGAGUGAGGAUACUACCAAGGGACAAAAGACUUAUGCAGAAACAUCAACUUAUCUUGACAUUCAUGUUAACAAAGAUGAUAAAGGGAGUUCAAAAUCAGUGGUCAUCAGAGAUAACAAGAUCACUGAAUUGGAUUCAAUAGAGUCAAAAAGAACGCCUUCAAUAAGCAAAUUCUUAAAACUAAAUAAACCAGAGUGGCCAUAUGGAGUAAUGGGAUCAGUAGGUGCUAUAUUGGCAGGCAUUGAAGGCCCUUUGUUUGCUCUUGGCAUCACUCACAUCCUCGAUACACUUUAUACUCAUGACAAUGUGAAGAUCAGGCAUGAGAUAAAGGUCGUCUCACUUAUAUUUAUCGCAGCAGCAAUUAGCACUGUGCCCAUAUACUUACUGCAACACUACUUCUAUACAUUGAUGGGAGAGAAACUUACUUCCCGUGUUCGCCUUCUAAUGUUUUCAGCAAUCCUGAAAAAUGAGAUUGGGUGGUUUGAUUUGGAGGAUAACAACAGUGGAUUUCUCACCUCGUCUUUAGCAGCUGAUGCAACAUUAGUUAGAAGUGCACUUGCGGAUAGAAUGUCGACAAUUGUUCAGAAUGUAGCUCUAACUGUGACGGCAUUUGUAAUUGCAUUUGUACUCAGUUGGCGCAUGGCCUUUGUUGUUGUUGCCACAUUACCUCUCAUAAUUGGUGCAUCAAUAGCUGAGCAUUUAUUUUUAAAAGGAUUUGGAGGAAACUACACACAUGCCUAUGCUCGAGCUACAUCAAUUGCCCGAGAAGCCAUCACGAACAUAAGAACAGUGGCAGCAUUUGGUGCAGAGGAUAGAAUUUCAGCCCGUUUCAUAAGUGAACUAAAUGAGCCGAAGAAACAAGCUACAUUGAGGGGCCAUAUAUCAGGAAUUGGUUUCGGUUUGUCUCAGCUCUUUGUGUUUUGUUCCUAUGCACUUAGCCUCUGGUAUGCAUCCCAACUUAUCAAGCAUGGAAAUUCUAACUUCGGUAACAUCAUGAAGUCCUUCAUGGUGCUGAUCAUCACUGCAAUUGGCAUAGCUGAAACUCUAUCGAUGGCACCUGACAUUGUUAAAGGAUCACAAGCUCUUGGUUCAGUGUUUUCCAUCCUUGAAAGAAGAACAAGGAUAGACCCUGACGACAGAAAUUCAGAAAUUGUGGCAGAAAUUAAAGGAGAUAUAGAAUUCAGAAACGUGAGUUUCAGAUAUCCCACACGGCCUGAAGUGACCAUUCUUGAUGACAUGAAUCUAAAAGUCGAAGCAGGAACUAGUUUUGCAAUUGUGGGGAGAAGUGGAUCAGGAAAGAGUAGUGUGAUUGCUCUCAUAAUGAGAUUCUAUGAUCCAAGCCACGGGUCAAUACUCAUUGACAAUAAGAACAUUAGAAAUCUAAACUUAAAAUCCUUGAGACUAAGAAUUGGUUUUGUUCAGCAAGAACCAGCACUGUUUUCAACAACUAUCUAUGAAAACAUUGCAUAUGGGAAGGAAGGUGCAUCAGAGAUUGAGGUAAUGAAAGCUGCUAAAGCUGCAAAUGCUCAUGGAUUUAUAAGUAGAAUGCCAGAAGGGUACAGUACAUCAAUAGGAGAGCGAGGCUCGCAACUUUCAGGUGGACAGAAACAAAGAUUAGCAAUUGCUAGAGCUGUCUUGAAAGAUCCAUCUAUUCUUCUUCUUGAUGAAGCCACUAGUGCAUUGGAUACAGCGUCAGAAAAACUGGUCCAGGAGGCUCUGCGCAGACUUAUGGAAGCAAGAACAACUGUUGUGGUUGCUCACAGGUUAUCAACAAUUCAAGAUGCUAAUAUGAUUGUGGUACUUCAAGGGGGAAAAGUCCAAGAAAUUGGGAGACAUUGUGAUCUACUUGAAAAGCCCGCAAGUUUGUACUCCCAGCUUGUUCAAUUACAGCAACAAUCUUGUGUGAUUGGUAUGUAGUUGGUGCUUCAGAUUUGAAGUGGAGGGAAUGUGCAACAAAAACUUCAGCUGAAGAAGUUUUGUCGCCUUUAUUUGUUCGCUGUCCAUCUCUGACUCAGAUGUGGCAAGCUAUUUUAUUCUAUCUUUUGUAAAAAGAAAUUGGAUUAAUCUCAAGAUCUAUUGAAAAUUAAUGAAAAUUAA